AUGGAUGCUUUAGGAGCCUUCUCCUACAUGUGCGACAACCUGCCGGCUUGGAUCGAUCAAAUUUCAGAACUGGCUGCCUAUACCGCUGCCAAACAUGCUGAGUACACCGAAGCUUACAAGAAAUACGCCCCGGGUAGGCCCCGGCGUCGCAAAAACAGCUCCGUCUGCUCCAUCCGCACCGAUGACAUCUUCCCUUCGUCCCAGAAUCGUGGUUCCUCCGUCGAACCAACCCAGGGAACCCCUAGCAAUGCACCGAAAGCCUCGAUAUCCCAGAUUAGAUUGAUUCCCCGAAAACGAAGUGCCGACGGGACCCCUUCCAUCGACUCCGCCGAGGGGAUURCGGACUUUGUCAGCAUUCGACACAACGUGGUCAUCCAUUACGACGGUCACACGCAAAAGUCGCUGGAGGAGAUGGUACGGAACAUUGGUACCGCACGGAACAAUAUGCGACGAGGCAAGAUGUCACAGAUCUCUCUGGGUGGCCUCCGAUCGCGCAUGGGCAACCAAGAUGCGAGGAAGAAUCGUCUAGCACCGGCUCUUCUGGACAAGGUUGACAGUUCUGAUGGCGACAUAUUGACCAAUAUUCGCAGCAUGCGAACCAGGGGUCCUCCACGCGCAGAGACGUCCUCAAGCCGCGUUCCUCCGAAGGAAACGGUUUUUGAUGUGGUAGAUAGACAGCUCGAGCUGGCACACAGCCACUGCGAGACAGCGGCUUACCACUUCCUGCGCUAUGGAGAUUGCUCGGCGGAAUUGAGAAGCGUUGUGGAGGACUUUCGUUCAUUACUUGAAUUAGCAACCAAAGAAGCGCAAAGUCUGAAGGGAGAGCAACCAGAGGAGUCUUUAAAAGAAGACGUAAAGAAGGAAAGUGUCAUGGUUUCACCUACGAAGACGGCUGCCGAACCUCAGUGCGAUAAGCCUCUGGCUUCAUGCAAUGACGAAAUCGAAGUUGACGACGCUUCGGCUGCUUCAGUGGAAUCUAUCGACAUCAAGGCCUUCCGCGCCAGUCGGCUUAGAGCCUAG